AUGAACUUUUCUUUGCAAACAGUGAGAAAUAAAACUGCAACGACUGUAUUCCUUUUUUCUUUAAAUCAUAAUUUCAAUAAUCUACGUACUAUCAUGAAGCAAUUUAUUAACAUAUCCAGAAGAUACCUUUCAUCUACUAGAAUCAACAGUCAGGUCAAUUUGACAUUUUUCACUAAAGAUAAUUGUAUGUUGUGUACCAAUGCGAAGAAUAUUCUUCAUGGUACUUUAAAAUCCCCAGAUCUCGCCAAAGUUCCAAUAAAAUUGACAACUAUAGAUAUAAUGGAUCCAAAGAAUCAAGAAUGGUUUGAUAAAUAUUGUUACGAUGUUCCUGUAUUACAUGUUGAUAGACCAGAUCAACCUAAACCAGUUAAAUUCAUGCAUUAUUUUUAUGAAGAAAAAUUGAAAGAAGAGUUUUCCAAGUAA